GUCUGUCUACGCUGGUGUCUAAAAUCCUCAAAGGAGAGCGUCCAGGAAGAGAGAACAAGAAAGGAAACAGAUGGCCUCGCUGCUCCGCGAAGGCUUGGAAGCGGUCUAGACCACGUACUCGACCAGACCCUCCAAACUCCCAUUUCACAACAAUCAAUACGAUGCAGCUGAGUUGGGCCGCGAGGACAACGAAGGCAAGGCCGGCAGGAUUAGGAAACCGGGUCCGCGGGCGGCCUCCUCCCAGAGUCGCCCCCCGCUCCCUCCCCCACGCCCCCGGCAAGGGCACACCUUCCUGCCCACCCCACCUUCCAAAGUCAACACGACAGCAAGCCAAACCCAAGCCCGAGCCGUGUCUGGCCGUUUCUUUUGUCCUGUUCCACGGUGAUCACUUUUUUCCAGAGCAGGUUAACGGUCCGGCAGUCCCGGGGUGCGCCCUACGGCCCCGCCAGGUGCUCCCGAUCCCCCGGCCCAUCAGGGAAUCAGGCGACCCCGCUACGGCCGGGGCGCCCGCCCACCCCCUCCCCGGUGGACGCACAGGGACCCGCGCCGGCGCGGGGCAGGACAGCGAGGAGGGGGCCUGCUCCGAGCCAGGCCGCUCGGCCCGGGCGCCCCGACGGCCCCGCCGUGCCCCGGAGCGCCAGCCCCGGCCUCGCCCCUCCGCGGAAACCGGGCCGCCGAGGCCCCGGGCCGAGGCCGCAGGGAGCGUAGGCCGCCGCCAUCCCCGGCCUGUCGUGCGCCCGCUGCCCCGCGGCCUUACCGCCUCCACGGCGUGCUGCAGGAUGGAGGUGAACUUGGAGAACAUCUUGUCCCGGGACUGCAGCAGCCUCUCCCGGGACGACCUGGAGAGCUCCUCGAUCCGCCGCCGCCGCCCCUGCUGCGGCUGCCGGGGCGGCUCCAGAGUGAAGGCCGGUGCGGGCGGAGAGGACGAGCAGAGGGCCGAGGCGGGCCCGGGCCCGGCCGCUUCCGGGGUGUGCGGGAGGCGCGGCGGCUCCGGCGGGCGCUGGGACGCGGCGGGCGGCGAGGAGGGCGCUCGGCACGGACUCGGGGGUCCCGCGACGCUCCGGCGGCGGUUGCGGCUCCGGCUCGGACACGGUGGCAGCCCGGCUCGGGUUCCUUCCGCCCGCUCUGCCCGCCGCGGCCUGCAGGGGGCGCCGCCGCGGCCCGGGGAGGCCCGGACCGGGCCUUACCAGCGGCGGGGCGGCCGGACACCGCGGGGGCGGGGGAGGCGCGGGAGGCCGCGGCCGGCUGGGGGCGGGAGCCGGGCGAGCGGACUCGGUAGUCCUCACGUUUGAAAAAUUCAGCCAGCCUCCGUUUUGUUUCUCCAGGGGAAGUGGCAGGUGUAUUUUGUAGGGAAACGUAGCCAUACCCGUACGUAAUAUUCCGAGGUUCGUCUGAUUUGGGAGACUGAUGAAACUGGAAAACAGGGAAAGAAUCUGAAGGGCUUCUGUCUGCUAAAUGCCUAGAACAGUGGCUGACUGGGAGCUGCUGCCCAGCGUCCCGAGAAUACCCUACGGCACGUCACUAGCCUGGGAACAGAUCCACAUAAGAUUCGAAAUCUGAAAGACAUGAAUUUUCAAUUAAAUACCAGAACGAUGAAUGAAAAUGGACUCACUCCAGUGGUUGUUAUUGUGAAAUUCAGAACACUGAGUUCAAAGAAACAUCCUACACGAUUUCCAGUGACAGAAAAAAAAGAAGUCCCUACAAAGAGUUAAGAAUUACAGUGGCAUGACACUUUUCAACAACAUCAUGAGAAAUGGGAAGGCAUUGGGGCAAUGCCUUUAAAAUUCUGAGUUUUUCUCAGGAAGCUAUCAGAAGAUGUGUUCCAUCAAAACUCAGGGAGUAAACCUAAGGGAAAAAAAGAUAAAGGAAUCAGAUAACAGAGCCCAUCAUAAAAGGGAGGCGAAGGAAAUUCCUAGGAUGAUGGUGAAGCAGAAUUCCAGCAUGACAACUAUGCAUCAGAUUGGGACAGCUAACCAACCAGUCCAGAUUGGAGCAGGUCUGAAGGUGAAACUGAUAGAUGAAUUGUCUAUGUGUUUGAGGAAAUUUACAAAAUAGGAGAGUCUGAUGUUGAAUUAGUGAUAAAUACAACGAGAACCAAGCAGAGAAAAAAACUAGAUCAUUAUGAACACCAAGAAAAAUAAAAUACUCUAUUGGAAUAAGUAAUCAUAGUAGAUACAUGGCUUACCUGUAAAUACAUCUGUAUAAACAUAGUAAUGUAAACACUAAA